UCGGCUGUCACAACAACACUUCGCCAUUUCAGAUUCGGGGGGGCUGAAACUCCCGAGGAGGAAUUAGGUCAACCAAGCGAGGGUGCCAGGCUCCGGUCGUGUCUUCAUUGAAAACAUCUCCCUGCUCGUCUUUUUUCACACUCAGAAGGAUUUAUUCUUUAUGGUCCGAUGCGUUUUAUUCAGCUGAUACGGAUGAGUUUAUCCUGCGCGGGCCCGGGUUGAAGUGUCCAGUCAGGAGUCGGAUUUCCCUGCUAACAGCUAGUGAGCUAGCUGAGUGUAAACAACAAGGAUGAAGAGGGUGAAAGGAGGAGAGGAGAGCAGCAACAGCUCCUCUAGUGAGAGUCCACCAGAAACUCGCAAAAAGGUGCGGACGCUUCUCAGCAAGGAGUCAGAGGCUCUGGUUGUGGCCAGUCAGUCACCAGAUGGCGACUGGACGAGACUGCCUCAGGAGCUCCUGCUUCACAUCUUCCAGUACCUCCCACUGCUGGACCGGGCUUUUGCCUCUCAGGUGUGCCGCGGCUGGAACCAGGCGUUCCACAUGCCUGAGCUGUGGAGGUGCUUUGAGUUUGAGCUCAACCAGCCGGCCAGCUCUUACCUGAAAGCCACACAUCCGGAUCUCAUAAAGCAGAUCAUAAAGAGGCACUCCAACCACCUGCAGUAUGUCAGCUUCAAGGUUGACAGCAGUACAGAGUCUGCAGAGGCAGCAUGUGACAUCCUGUCACAGCUGGUGAACUGUUCCUUGAAGACCUUGGGGCUCAUCUCCACAGCCAGGCCCAGUUUCAUGGAGGUUCCAAAGUCUCACUUCAUCUCGGCUCUGACUGUGGUAUUCGUCAACUCCAAAUCGCUCUCUUCUCUGAAGAUUGACGACACGCCCGUCGAUGAUCCGUCUCUAAAGGUGCUGGUGGCGAACAACAGUGACACCCUGAAGCUGCUGAAGAUGAGCAGCUGCCCUCACGUGUCCCCUGCAGGGAUCCUGUGUGUGGCUGAUCAGUGUCACGGGCUGAGAGAGCUGGCUCUAAACUACCACCUCCUGAGCGAUGAACUCCUGCUGGCCCUCUCCUCGGAGAAACACGUCCACCUGGAGCACUUGAGGAUCGACGUGGUGAGCGAGAACCCCGGCCAGCACUUCCACACCAUCAAAAAGAGCAGCUGGGACGCCAUGGUGCGACACUCUCCCAAAUUCAACCUGGUCAUGUACUUCUUCCUCUACGAGGACGAGUUCGGUCCUUUCUUUAACGAGGAGAUCCCCGUCACUCAUCUCUACUUCGGCCGCUCGGUCAGUAAGGAGGUCUUAGGCCGCGUUGGCCUCCACUGCCCUCGUCUGGUGGAGCUGGUGGUGUGCGCUAACGGCCUGCGUCCUCUGGACGAGGAGCUGAUCCGCAUCGCCAAGCACUGCACCCAACUGUCGGCCAUCGGCCUGGGAGAGUGCGAGGUGUCCUGCAGUGCGUUUGUGGAGUUUGUCAAGAUGUGCGGUCGGAGGCUUUCCCAGCUGUCCAUUAUGGAGGAGGUGCUCAUCCCUGAUCACAAAUACACCCUGGAUGAGAUCCACUGGGAGGUUUCCAAGCACCUGGGUCGGGUGUGGUUCCCUGACAUGAUGCCCACGUGGUAAAGUGAAGCCAAAGAGGCACACGAGAGUUAACUUUGUGGUGUGGACGAGUUGUGUUUGCAUUGAAAAGCCUUUUAACGCUGAGCUGUAGUGUUAAUAUUUGGUGCCAACUGGGAGAGCACAAACUUGCUGAACUCCUGAGUGGAGCGUAGAGAGAGGAUGUAAUGUGGCGCCUGACUUCUACACAAUGUGAGCAUGUCAUGCAAACACCACAAAAAUCUCUACCUGUCUGCUUCAACGAGGACCGUGGAAUCCUGCUUCGCUCAAUCCAGAGACAGAACUGGCCACGCCGGCUUCUUCAACUAAUAAACAAUCAGUAAACGGAGCAGUUCAGGGGAGUAUACGACUAAAAAAAGCAAUGUUUUAUAACUGCAAAUUGAGUUAUAUGGACGUAGUAGCCUGGGUAUGAGAUUCUAUUAUCUGAGGUGUGCGUGUGUGUGUGCGUGUGUGUGUGUGUGUGGGUAUGCAGAUGUGUGGAUGUCCCUUUUCGUGGUGAAAUUGGGGAAGAUUAAAUGCACAGUUUCACGUUGUUACACUACCACUCGACCUCCUUCGAUUCAGAUAGCAGCUCUGCACUCUAACGAUAUUCAGCAUCGGAGGUUUCCACGUGGCUUUUUGUACAUAGUAUGCGACAGGCUGUUUGUCAGCUGGCGUCAGAAGAGGGGAGGGGCGGGGUGGGGUUAUAAUGCCAAGAGGAGCGGCUGGGUCCUACACCUACCUUCAAACUUAUUUAAAAAAGACAGAGAAGCAGCAGCGGUGUUUGACGACAUCUCGCUUUCCCUCCCAAAGUGAGCUGGAUUGUGCGACGAUGAGAAGAGAGAGAGAGAGAGAGAGAGAGAGAGAGAGAGAGAGAGAGAUGUGGAAGAGGAUGGAAGUCAGUGGAGGAGAGAAACAGACACGUGUAUAUAAGUCUCUAUCUUUGUGAUGUAACGGUGUACAGUGUUGAUUGAUGUCAUGGAUUCUUUUUUAUUUUCUCCAUUUUUUUUAUGUUCUGUGUCAAAAUCACAUUGGCCCUACGAGUGGAUUCCUCAGUUUUAUAAAGUCAAAGAUUUUCAAAGCACCUUACAUGUAAAACCAAAUGAUCGUCAGGGAAAGUAAAGUGAGUCGGUCGGCCCUGAUGAAGUUGAGAAAGCAAUCUUUAAAAUGCUCUCACUCUUGAAGCUGGACUCAGAUUUGAUUGAUGAUCAUCAACACUGUCACAGGAUUAUUCUCAAUCAGACUCCUGGGACAGUAGAGCAGAGAUGUGAUCAUCUAUGUAAAUAUAGAUACUGCACAGAAUUGGAGGUAGAUUUUGGAGAUUUCCUCGACCUUCAUAUUCAGAUUACUUUGUAAUAAUUCUAUAAUCUAGUCUGUGCAGCUUACAGUGCACUCUGGGGAAGCAAAACCAAGCGUUUGUGUCCCUCAGCUGCAUUACAUAUUUCCUAAAAUAGGUUUCAUUUGAUCUGUCUGUCUGUUUAAGCUCUAAACCUGUUGUGAAUAUCUGCCCUCCUCCUAUUAUUAGUCCACAUUUACUCUGUAUUGUGUCACCACAUCAUACAUCGUACAGCAGAGAGGAGGCAGUGUUCAUGUUUCAGUAGAAACUUUGUCUUUGACAGAGUCUUCAAGUUCUCCUGUCCAAAACAAAAAUCCAUCCAUUUCAGUCGAAAGAGAUUUGGCAAGUCAGAUGAGUGAAACAAACUUUUUUUUCCUUUAAGAAGGAAGUGGAAUGCAUCUGUAUAUAAAACGCUGUGUGUUUGAUUAUUAUGAAUAGAAAUGUACGUAUUUCUUUAUUUCGCCCUCUGUCGGGGUUUGAAGUUUCCUUAAAACCAACAGCUCGUGUCUUUUUUUAAAAACCAGAGUGCGAGUUCUCCUUUACUAGAUGGAUCUUUUUCAUACCGUAGUCACUAGAGAAGGUAAGCAGUGUAAUUUAUUGAUAGGAAUUCUGCUUUUUGUUAUUUCUUUGUGUUUUCAGUUCUACAAAAGAAGCAAUCAAUAUAACCAGCAAGCAGAGCAGCAACAAGUUCAGGUUCUGUUCAGGUUUUGACACUUCCAACGUCUUUAACUGAGAGCUCCGUGCACGCAUGCUAGGGUUGGGAAGAGGUGGAAGAUUUCCGGUAAAUUUCCAUGGGAAGUUAAGCUGGGGAAUUUUGGAAAUAUUCCAAAUUGGAAAUUAUGGGAAUGAACUAGGAAUUUAAUGGAAAGGUAUCAUAUCCAAGCAUAAGUAUUUGUUUUGUUAUAAGCUGACAUCCAUCCAAAAUAAUACAAUUAAAACAGAUGUAUUUGUAAGUAGAACUUAAUCAAGUUUUACAUUUUUUUAUUUUUUUUUAAGUUAUAUUUUUUGGGGCUUUUACAUUUAUAUUGAUAGCAGAGAGGACAGUGGACAGUGUAGGAAACUGGGAGAGAGUGGGGGAAUGACAUGCAGGAAAGGAGCCACAGGCUGGAUUCGAACCCGGGCGGCCCACUACAUGGUUUCGCAACUUAACCAGUACGCCAUGUCCGCGCCCAAGUGAAAAAAAAAAUGUUAUUGAACAAUCAAUUAUUUCAUUGAAGAACACAAACAUGAAUGUUGAGUUAAAUAUUACUCAUCCCCCUGACCCAACCCAUUCAAAAAUUAACAAAAAUGCAACCCCAACAAAGUCCCAUUCAAAAUGUUAAAUGAAGAGAGCGCCUCUUCCUCCAAAAAAGUCCCAUUCAACAUGUUAAUUAAAAAGUGCAUGUAGGGGGCGUGGUCUCAAUAGUCCUGUAGUAAGCAGUGUGCUAUGUGCAUGUGAUUGAGGAAUAGCAUAGAUAUUCAACUGUACUUGCAUGAAAUCUGUCUGUUUUAGUCAGGAUGAUGCUAAAAUAUAUUUCCACCAACUUUAUUUAAGUUCCCUAUUAAGAGCCAACCUUCAUUAUGGUAAAUUCCUGUUUUAUUCCCAUUUAUUCCCAUGGAAAGUUUCCAACUUUGAAAAUUCCCAGAACUUUGCAACCCUAAUGCAGGCUGUCCAAAAGUUGAGUCCACAAGCUUUACAACCUGAGCGUCCACAAAGUAAUAUUCAUCCAAAACAACAUCUGAUCAUCUUAAAACACAUUCCAGUGAAGGAAUCAAGAAUAUCACAUUGUUGGUGUUACGCUUUGUAAACAAGGAUUUAUUUCCCCAGCAACAAAAUAACAUUCAUAGAUAAGUUUUACAACCAUAUCUGCUGAUUCUCAUUGCUUUCUCUCACCAGUCACAAGAUAUGAAUCCAACUCAUUAUCUAAAUGACGUAAUUCAAUUUAACGCCAAAGACGCUGAACUAUUCAGAGCUUUUGGGUCUUUCUAUUUUAAUCUGUUCCCUAAAAUAACUUUGAGAACAGAGACAGAAUUUACUUCAGUUGUAAACUUGCAAAUUAAAACUGUAAAUUCUCAGAGAAAACUAAGUCUACUGUCAAAUUUGGGGCUUUAGUUUCUCAAGAAAAUUAAAGUUUUACUCUGUAAAUUUACAAAACUGACCUCUAUUUCAUUUAUUCAUUUCACCUUCAAGGCUCGUAUGUGCCUCCAUAUGAUAGGGAUCUAAAAUGAGCCAACAAGCUAGAAUAAGACGUUAAAAAUCUGCAGAGUUGGUAAAGAAAUGUUUGAUGGCUAAAGCCACGCUCAGCUCUUUAAUGUCUGUUUGAAUAAAAGAGGAAUGUAUUGUGAGAAUCAUGACAAAAUGUGCAACCGCUGUGGAAAACUUUUCGACGGCCCUGCAUGAGAACAUGAUCUGUCGGUGACGGAUGUUUUUCUACCAGGCGUCAUUGAUGUCACACUUAAAAUUAAACGGACACGCAUUGGAAGUGUUAAACCCUCUGAAUGAGCCUGUUGAUAGUAUGGGUCUGCUGUCACUGAAUUAGAUAACUGUGCUGAUAGUGUACGUUAGCAUCUCAAUGGCACAGUUAACAUAUCCUGAUUUCAUCAUUCGUGCAGUGCAUUCAGCAGUUACUGUAACAGCAGCAGCUCUAAAGUGAAGGUUGCAUCUUCUUCUGGUUUGAUUCAUUUUCUGUCGUCUUUAUUGGCUUUUCUUGAAAAAACGUAACUACAGCUAUCUUAACCUCAGAGAGUCCUCGGUGACUUGGAUUAGGAUUAAUCUGGUGUUGAUAAUGCUGUCCUUUAGUUUGACUUCUGUAUGGUAAACGCUCUGUCUUCUUUGCUUUACUGCUGGUCACCUGUCCUGAAAUUAAAAUGAUUGGUUUGGACAUGUGAUCUUAUACUGGUAAUAAAAACAUGUGAAUGUA